UUAUCAGUUCCAAACUAUUGAAAACAAACUAAUUGUUGAUCGAGAGUUCAUGUUUUGUUUAUUUAAUUCAUAGAAGAAUAAUCUCUUCUUUAUUAUUGUUAAUUCAUUGAUUGCAAGCACACAUUGUAUACCUACGCCAUGUAGUAUAUGAAAUAUCAAAUAGGUAUGUACACAAUUAUUAUAGAUGUAUGCAAUUGAUUCUUACGAAAAGUGCGCUGUGAAUUAAUACCAUUAAACGACAUAUCUAUAGCUGGGACCAUGAAUUCGUACCGUAGACGUGGAUUGGCCAAGGUAAUAGCUGAAAAGGCGUUACUCAGCGAGUCCUUGAAGAACUUAAACAAAGCUACCUGGUAUUCUGUGGACAAAUCCCAAUUGGACGACGACGUGUCUUCGAGUUUUGUGCAGAUGCACGCGGACGCAGACACCGAACGGUUCCUGGACGAUUCGAUCGAGGAGAGCGACAAGCUAUUAGUGCAAGUGUGGAAAUCACUGGUGUCAUCCGUGUUAAACGUGUUCAUGACGAGGACUUCGAUCAACGGGUUGCUGCGGAGAGGAUCUAUGUUCGUGUUUUCCACCGACCAGAUCAGGCGACUGCUGAACUUGACAUUUUUCGACAGCGGCUCAACGCUGAUCGACUUGGGUGCCGGCGACGGGGCCACUACCGAAAAAUACGCUCCCCUAAUUCGCGAGAUCUAUACGACCGAAAAGUCCGGCCCGAUGAUUCGGAUCUUGACUGAAAAGGGAUUCAGAUUGUUGGACGUCGACACGUGGUGGACUCGCGAAGAUAAAUUCGACGUGGUGUCGUGUCUGAACUUACUGGACCGGUGUAGCAAUCCGACAAAGCUCUUAGAAGAAAUGAAAAACGCAGUGAAACCCAAUGGUAGGAUCAUCGUGGCUCUGGUGUUGCCGUACAAACCCUUCGACGAAUUCAGAUCUGCGAUACCGGAAGAAAAGUUACCGAUCACCGGCGUGACGUUCGAGGAACAGGUGUGUUCGGUGGUGCACGACGUGUUCGAACCGUCCGGACUGGAAGUGCUGCGCUGGACAAAACUCCCGUAUCUGUGCGAAGGCGACCUGAGUCAGGACUACUAUUGGCUGCACGAUGCCGUCUUCGUGAUGUCCGCGAAGACACCGCCACAAGUCAUCGAGGAUGCGUUAUAGCAUCAUCACUCCCGAACCUAUGUGGUACAAAGCAAUUCUCGUCUAAUUGUCUCCAUUAUGUGUUAUUAUUAUAUUACUGUCGUUUUCUCGGUGGACAUUGUUAUUAAAAAACAUUUUUCUUUUUUUAUACAAGUAAUCUGAAGCUUGAAUACAUAACACUCAUUAUCGUUU